CUCCUCCUCCUCCUCCUCCUCCUCCUCCUCCACGGUGGGUCUCCGUAGCCAUUUUGGCUCAAGUCACGUCGCCCGAGACCCAGCCCAGCCCGUCUACCGAACUUCCGACCUCGCUCCUAGAUGGCGAGGAAGAUCGUCCUUACGCUCUUCGCCUCGACGUCCGUUGCCUCCUCCCUGACACUUCAAUCCAGAGAGCUGUCUGAAGAUGAAUCCGCGCCCACGGCUUUGAGUGCCCUCCUAUCGGAGGCGAUCGGUCUGCUGCAGGAGGCCGAUGACGCGCAGGUCUUGGCUGGCGGCGAGAUCUCUCUCCUCAGCAUUGACGAUGCGGCUGACGAGGCGAACGAGGACCCCGAGCAUGCCGCGGCUGAGGAGCAGACCUCCGCAAGCCAGGUGGCCAGCACUGGUAAUGUGACUGACGAUGCGCCCGCCGCGGAGGCUCCUCUGGCGGCACAGGUCGAGCGGGGGACGGAGGACGCCAACGCCUCGGGGAACGCCUCGGAGGUGCGGGCCGAAGAGAACCAGAGCAGGGCCAACCUGUCCACGUACUUCGACCCCAAGCUGAUGGCCAUCUUCCGCGAGAAGCAGGCGCACCUGAAGGAGACGAUGAAGGAUUUCAUGGUGUCGAAAAAGGAGCUGGACGUGGCCAAGCUGGCCGCGAACCUGGCGAUGAAGAAGCUGAGGCUGGCGACCGAGAAGCGGAGGAAGAUCCUGAUGGGCGAGAGGAUGGCCGAGGCCGAGGAGCGUCGGGCGAUCAAGGAGAACCGGCGACAGGCCAAGACGGACAUGACGGCGCGCGCGGAGCAGUUGCUGGCGGACUCAUUGGGUGGCCUGGCGGGCGUCAACAUUAGCUACAUGGUAGACGUCGUCCUGGCCCUGCCGGAGGCGCUGCAGGACGAGGAGUUCGUGGAGGAUUUCCGCAACGUGACAAAGAGGGUGGAUGUGAAUGUCCGGAAGUUUCUGGACCAGACGCAGCAGAAGACCACCCAGUUCGUCAAAGACAGCACCUCCGCCUCCGACGUGGAGUUGCGCUUCAUCAUGGCGAAGUUCUUCCACGAGUCUGGCUUCCGCCUCCGAGGGCUCCACCAGGACAGCCUGAAGGCCAUCCAGAUGCUCAGGCGCACGGUGCCGGAGGACUUGGAGAGGGCGCUCUUCCCGUUCCUCGGGCAGCUGAACGCCAACACGGUCCGCCUCAGGAUCAAUGCCACCAGCCUGGCCACCGCCACCCCGAAGGAGGCGUGCGACCAGAUCACCCAGAUCAUGGCCAACGUCAGCGAUUAUGACAGCAAGCUCGAGACCAUCGGCAAGGUGAUCGAAAACGUGUCCACGAUGGUGUUGCCCAACAUGGAGAGGACGCUGCAGGUCUCUCCGAACAUCACCACCUUUGUAGGCUCUUUCCUGAACAUGGCGCGCCUCGAAGUGGGCGGCCUGCAAGAGGCGGCCCACAGCAUGGUCACCAGGGCCAGCCCCAUCAUCGCCGAGCGGGUGCAGUGCACCUUCAGCAGCGCGCGUCCGCGCGUCGGUCUCAGCCUCCUCAGCGCGGUGGCGGUGCUCGCGGCCACCUGGCUUCUUCAGUGAGGGGGCUCGAUUCAUUUUGUAGUUGCCGCAGCUCCAUCUGUCGAUGCAACGAGAAUUUUUGCCCGUUCAUGAUGUCUCUA